CAGCCUGGUGGGGGAGGGGCGCUGUAUUGUGCGAGCAACAGAAGUGGCCGCAAAAUGGCUGCCGCGCCGCCUGGGGCCGCCGCCUCUUCUUCUGCCGCUGCCGCUGCCGCCGCCGCUUCUACCUGCUCGGCCUCUGCCGCCGCCCCGGCGAGUCCCGGCCAGGCGCAGACGGAGAGCAAGAAGAUCACGGAGCUGCGCGUCGUCGACCUCAAGUCCGAGCUGAAGCGGCGCAACCUGGACAUCGCCGGCGUCAAGACCGUCCUCAUCGCCCGCCUCAAGCAGGCUAUUGAAGAGGAAGGUGGAGACCCAGAUAAUAUUGAAAUAGCUGUUUCAACUGAUACUCCAAACAAGAAACCAACCAAAGGAAAAGGUAAAAAGCAGGAAACCGAUGAACUAAGUGGCGAUGCUUCAGUAGAAGAUGACUCGUUGGUCAAGGAGAGUGAAUUGGAAGCUCAAGAUGCAAGUGACCAGGAUGGAAAUGAUGAACUGAAAGACUCUGAAGGAUCUGCAGAAAACGAAGAAGAAUCCUUGAAUUCUAAGCCGUUGCCUCCUGUAGAUAAGAAGAAAGCUAAUUCAAAGCAGACUGAGAAGGACUUGGAAAACCAGGGCAACGAUGUUCGAGAUACGGAAGAUGAAAGCUUUGCUGCUACUCAUGAUGGAGAAGAAGAGAAUGAGAGAGAUAAAGCAGGUUCUGGUGAUGGUACACAAGAAGUAUCUAAACCUCUUCCUUCAGAAGAAAGCCUAGCUGAGGCUGAUCACUCGGCUCACGAAGAGAUGGAAGCUAACGUCUCUGUGAAAGAAGCUGAGGAUGAUAACAUAUCGGUUACAAUCCAGGCUGAAGAUGCCAUCACUCUGGAUUUUGAUGGGGAUGACCUUCUAGAAACAGGUAAAAAUCUGAAAAUUACAGAUUCAGAAGCAAGCAAGCCAAAAGAUGGGCAGGAUGCUAUUGCACCGAGCCUGGAGAAGGAAGGCAAAGAUUAUGAGAUGACCGAGAACCAUAAAGAUGGUAAGAAGGAAGACAGCGUGAAGGGGGAUCCUGUCAAGAAGGAAGCCCGAGAAAACACGAAGAAAGCAGAAUCUGGAGACAAAGACAAGGAUACUUUGAAGAAAGGUCCCUCGUCUACUGGGGCCUCUGGUCAAGCAAAGAGCUCUACUAAGGAAUCUAAAGAAAACAAGAGUACAUCCAAGGAUGACAAAGGAAGUGCCAGCAGUGGGAGCAGCAGCAGCUCUACUAAGAACUUAUGGGUCAGUGGGUUGUCCUCCAACACAAAAGCUGCUGACCUGAAAAACCUCUUUGGCAAGUAUGGAAAGGUUCUUGCUGCUAAAGUGGUCACCAGUGCCCGAAGCCCUGGAGCCAAGUGCUAUGGCAUUGUGACCAUGUCCUCAAGCACAGAAGUGGCAAGGUGCAUAGCCCAUCUUCAUCGUACAGAACUGCACGGGCAACAGAUUUCUGUCGAGAAAGUAAAGGGUGAUCCUUCUAAGAAGGAGAUGAAGAAAGAUAGCGAUGAGAAAUCUAGUUCUGGUAGGAAUCCUGGAGAGAAGAAGACGGCGUCAAGUGACAAAGCCAACAAGACUCCCUCCAAAAAGGAUGACAAGAAAUCUGACAAAUCAGAGAAGAAAGAAAGCAAGGAUGUGAAAAAGCCAGAAGGUAAAGAUGAGAAGAGUGACAAUGGAUCCAGCUGCCCUGUUCAGGAGCCUGCUAGGACCCCAGACGAAAAGAAGCGAAUAAGUGUGAAAAAUCCAAGUCAUAUGGUGGUUCUAGACCAAACAAAAGGAGACCAAGUUCACAGCAGGCCAAUAAGACGGGGAAGGUUUGAGAAACCACCUAUGUUAAGGAACAAAGAGCGUUUCCUUCAAGAUAAAAUGAAGUUCAGAGACUAUCGAGGCAGAAAGGACAUCUUGCCCUUUGAGAAGAUGAAGGAGCAAAGAUUGAGGGAGCACAUUGUUCGACUGGAACGAAUACGGCGUGCUGUAGAGCUGCGAAGGCGAAGAGAAAUCGCGGAACGCGAGAGGCGCGAAAGGGAGCGCGUCAGGAUCAUGCGCGAGCGCGAAGAACGGGAGCGCUUGCAGAGGGAGCGGGAGCGCUUGGAGAUUGAGAGGCAGAAGCUGGAGCGCGAGAGGAUGGAGCGCGAGCGUCUGGAGAGGGAGCGCAUUCGCAUUGAGCAGGAGCGUCGCAAGGAAGCGGAGCGGAUUGCGCGUGAACGAGAAGAGCUUCGGCGGCAGCAGCAGCAGCUCCGUUACGAGCAAGAGAAAAGAAAUUCCCUGAAACGGCCUCGUGACGUCGAUCACAGAAGAGACGAGUCCUACUGGAAUGAAAGUAAAAAAAUGUCCUUGGACACAGAUGCGCGCUUUAGCCAUGGAUCUGAAUACAGUCGCCAGCAGAACCGGUUUAGUGAUUUUGACCACCGCGACAGGGGACGAUAUCCAGAGAGUUCUGCCGUGCAGUCAUCUUCCUUUGACAGGCGUGAACGCUUUGUCAACCAGAGUGAUGGGAAAAAGGCUCGGCCAACCGCAAGAAGAGAGGAGCCUGGGUUUGAGAGGUACCCCAAAAACUUUGAAUCUAGAAGAAACGAGCCCCCUCAGCCCCGGAAUGAGCUCCGAGACAGUGACAGGCGGGAAGUGAGAGGAGACCGUGACGAAAGGAGGACUGUGAUCAUCCAAGACAGACCCGAGAUCCCCCACGGCCGGCACCCGCGAGAAACUGGACCCAAUCCAUCCCGGCAGAGUUCUUGGAAGGGCGAAGGAGGCGUCAACCCCGACAAGCGCGAUGCCAGAGAGAGGCCGGAAAGGUCAGGCAGAGAGGUCUCUGGCCAUACAGUCAGAGGUGCCCCCUCCGGUAGUCGUAGCAGCACAUCUGGUUAUGGAAGCAGAGAGACGGAACGUGGGGUGAUGGAGCGUGGAAGUGGGGGACAGCAUUAUAAUGAAGACCGCCAUGUGGUUGAGCGGCAUGGCCGCAACGCCGGACCAAGGAAAGAAUGGCACGGGCCCAGUUCCCAGGGGAGCAGCUACCACGACACGAGGAGGAUGGGAGAUGGCCGAACAGGAGGCGGCAUGAUGUCUCCCCACUCGAGUAGUUCUUCACCCAUUAACAGAGUUGUACAGAUUACGGGCAAUUCCAUGCAGAGGGGAAGUGGUUCGGGAUUUAAGCAAUAUAAGAGUGGACCGCCACGAAGAUUCUGAGGCUCUGCACCUGCUCGCUCCUUGGUUUCAAGAUAACUUAUUGGAAAUCUCUUGUGAACAGGAAGCCUUGGCUGAGAAAACGUGUCCUUUUUUAAAUUUUAAUUUUAACGUAAUUACGUUUUCCUCUCUUUUGGAGGCAUUUUAAAUAUGUUAGGCUGUUGGGUUUUGGAUAGUUCAUUGUACCUUUUGGAUGAGCUUUUCCCCCCUGUAACUCUAGGAGCUCUGAAACAAAUUGGAACCAAACAUGUGAACGCUGUACAAAGAGAGGACUUGUUUUGCACCCAGUAGUUUCAUUUACCAGCAUUAGCUCUGUAAUGUCAGAAUUUAAAAUUAGGUACUUCUCACAAAACCACACUGCUAACUAAAUUGUACAUCAACCCACCCCCUUGCUUUACAAUGUGUAGAGAAUAAGGUUGGUUGUUUCAUUUCUGGGUAUUAUGUAACCUAUUUUUUCAGAAGUUGUUACACUGAGUGGAUCUGUAUCCUGGCCAAUGUAUCCUUUUGAAAUAAACCUUCAUAAUCUGUAUA